AUCAGACUCAGUCUGUCCAUCAAUCAUGACAAAGUUAACGCUCCUCUGUAUCUCUCUCGCUGUGAUUCACGUUCAAGCCGUUAGUAACGAUUGGUGGAAGGACGCGAUUAUCUACCAAAUUUAUCCUCGAAGUUUCAAGGACAGCAAUGGCGAUGGUAUUGGUGAUCUUAAGGGAAUAACGAGUAAAUUGGAACACGUAAGAGACAUUGGUGCUGAUGCACUUUGGCUCUCGCCUAUUUAUACAAGCCCGCAGGAGGAUUUUGGUUAUGAUGUUGCCAAUUUCACUGACGUUGAUCCAGUGUAUGGUACACUUGAUGAUUUCGACAAACUCACAGCUAAAGCAAAAUCAUUGGGAUUGAAGGUGAUUCUUGAUUUUGUACCGAAUCAUAGUUCGAAUGAACAUCCAUGGUUCAAGAUGAGUAUAAAGAGGAUGAAACCCUACGAUGAAUUUUACGUUUGGCGUGAUGCCAAAAUUGUCAAUGGCGUCAGAAAGCCACCGAACAAUUGGCUGAGUGCAUUCGGUGGCUCUGCUUGGGAAUGGAAUGAUCAACGUGGUCAAUAUUAUCUUCAUCAAUUUGCUAUUGGUCAACCUGAUUUAAAUUAUCGCAACACAGACGUGUACCUUACUAUGUCGGAUGUAUUAACAUUUUGGAUGAAUCGAGGAGCUGAUGGAUUUCGCAUUGAUGCUGUAAAUCACAUGUUCGAAGAUGCGAGAAUGUUGGAUGAACCUAGAAAUAACAAUAACGUUCCAAUUGAUGAUUACGAUUCACUUGAUCAUAUUUAUACUAAGGAUCAACGUGAGACGUACGAGGUGAUUAAGGCCUGGAGAAAUAUGAUGAAUCAAUAUGCACAUGAACAUGAUACUGAUGCUAAAUUUAUUGUCACUGAAGCCUAUACAAAUUUAGAUGAGAUAAAGAGAUACUUUCAAGCGGGUGCCAAUCCGUUUAAUUUUGCCUUUAUUUCAUCAUUAAACAAAAACUCAGUGGCAAAAGACUUUAAACGUGAAAUUAAAUUGUGGUUGAAGAAUAUUCCAAAUUAUAAAGACGCUAAUUGGGUGACGGGUAAUCACGACAAUCAUCGAGUGGCGUCAAGAUUUGGUGCAAAAAAAUCAGAUAUGGUUAUUAUGUUGAGUAUGAUUCUUCCUGGAUUUUGUGUUGUUUAUAAUGGAGAUGAAAUUGGAAUGGUUAAUAAAUUUUUAACAUGGGAAGAGACGCGUGAUAUUUCUGGAUGUAAUGCUGGUCCAGACAGGUACUUUAUAAAAUCAAGAGAUCCAGAGAGGACACCAUUUCAGUGGGAUAGCAGUACAAGUGCUGGAUUUUCAACAGCUGAGAAAACAUGGUUACCGGUUCAUGAAAAUUAUAAGAGUCUAAAUUUACAAGUAGAAAAAUUGGCGUCUGUUUCUAAUUAUAAAUUCUUCAAAACAUUGACCUCUUUGAGGAAGAAUUUCCCAGUUAUUAAAAAUGGAGAUAUUGAUAUGAAAUUGAUAAGCGAUCAUGUGUUGGUGGUGUUACGAAGUUUGGAAGGAUUGUCGUCUGUUGUUCUUGUGAUAAACACAGCAGAAACGGAAGUGGUUGUCGAUGUCAACAUCUGGUUGAACAUUCCUAAGCAAAUGGUUGUGUACUCUUCGAACGUUGAUUCGAAAAUCAAUAUCGGUAGUUUUGUCGACACUAGUUCUGUGAAAUUACCCGCAUCUGGGUCAGUGGUCUUGGUACCUGAAUUAUAGACCUAAACACAUUCUAUAUUGCAUGUUUAUAAAUCGAUAAGUCAUUUCUAAGUCUUUCAAUAGUAAAAUAAAUUUAUAAUACUCAAAUUAUUUAUUGUUUAUUAAUUAUUAUUAUUGUUGUUGUGAUUAAUGUCACAAAGUUUUUUAAAUUGUCUCUCGUUUUUAAAUUACUAAAUUAUUGGAAAUAAAUGAUUCUCAACAGA